GAUCGGGCUUAACCGCCUUGGGAAGCCAUUUCCCUCUCCGUGCCUGAGGGGGGGCGCUCAGAUCACGGGCUCCACUCCAGAUGGAGCGCGCGGCACCUCCCUUGGUGUACCCCACCCGCGCCGUGAUUCCUGACGAGAUCCUGCACCGACCGAGGACGGCGAGCACAAGCCUCAUUGUUCUGCUUCUGCUCGUAACGUCAUGAAGUUUAAAUUUUUACUUCGAGAAAUUCGAAAUGUGAGAAAAUUCGGACAACCUACUUAAAUCUUUUCCAAACAAGAACGCAGCAUUUGGUAAGGAUUUCAAAUCAUAAAGAGAGAACAAGAUGGCAAGACCUAACCUGACCGCAAUAUCUUUAUAGUUUUUGUUUUGAAAUGUGCGCAAUUUGCGCACAACCUUAUUGUCAGGUUAAUUUUCCUAAAUUUGCGGUGGUUUCACCUGCACGUCAAGUAUGGCUUGAGUUUUGAGUGCUUUCACUUGUUUUAGUGCUAGAUGUGUUACGAAUGUUUCUUUGGAGUACAAUUCAGCCUUAAAUCCAGACAGCACUCCACGUGGCUCGAACAAUGAAUGUGCUACUUCUGAGAAUUGUAUUGUGUUCACUGGGGAGUGAAGCUGUGUUGGGCAUCGGGAAUGACGCUGAAACCUUGACUUAUGUCAUUCGAAAUAAUGAUAACAACCUCGCACAAAUCAAUGAGCGCAAAACCGGUCCAGAGAGCGGAGAAGCUGCGCGUCGGUGGUACCGAGCCUAUAAGAGAAUAAACGUCCAUGUGGACUAUGCGAGGGCACGCGGGACAGCUGCGCCAUUCUGGCUAGCCAUCCGAACUUUGGUGAACAGUAUUAACGCAACCUCGCUUCGACUGAAAACGAUGGAAACCCGUAUAAUGAGCCGUUUUGGUGACGAACAGGACGGCUCCUCAAACUGCAUUGAAUCGGAAACGGCGAAUUCUCUUCCAGCGAGCCACCGGCGAGCAUCUUGCAAGCGCAGGGAAGAAAAGUUGGAUUCUGCUAUGCCCGCUUCCUUGGUAACGCAAGGUGGUGGAUACGAUUCUUCAAAACCAAGUUCACUGAACAUGCUUGGGCGACGUAACAGCAACCACAGACUCAAAAGAUCAGCUGCACGCCGCCGGAAGAACACAUUUAAGUAUGAAAGAACAAAGCGGGAGACGAGUGAACCGCCGCACACCUUGUUUGGGCCGCCCCUGGCAACGGAGGAGGCGAUGACCAGACCCCUGGCUUUCAACCAGUCUACGGAUUUCCCUUUCGAUGUCACAACACAUUACGAAUUAUUCACGUUUCCAGAUGAAGAUCCAUGGGAAACGACCACGAAUAUUAUUCCUCUCAACACGCUGGAGAACGCGCACAUACCAAAGAACCCAUUUUAUCCAAUAACGCGUGAGUCCUAUGGUGCGUAUGCAGUCGCGUGCGUUUCUGUCGUUAUUUUUACGGUGGGCGUGGUCGGGAACAUAGCAACUAUGUGCAUCGUGUGUCACAAUUACUACAUGAGGAGCAUCUCCAACUGGCUCAUAGCCAACCUGGCCCUGUGGGACGUCCUGCUCCUGGUCUUCUGCUUGCCGCUGGUGGUGUACCAACAGCUGACCAAGGAGUGGCUCCUGGGGGACUUCUCCUGCAAAGCCGUGCCUUACGUGGAGGUGGUGUCUCUGGGCGUGAGCACGUUCACGCUGUGCGCUCUCUGCGUGGACCGCUUCCGCACCGCCGCCAGCGCGCACACGCGCUACGAGUCCGUGGAGAGCUGCGGCUCCACCGCGGCCAAGCUGGCGGUGGUCUGGAUCGGAGCGCUCCUAUUGGCCCUGCCGGAGCUGGUCAUCCACCAGCUGGUGCCGGAGGACGGGGCGGGGCGGCGCUGCGCGGUGCGGGUCUCGCCCGAGCUGCCCGACGCGGCGUACGCGCUGGGGCUGACCUAUCACGGCGCGCGGCUCUGGUGGCUGUUCGGCUGCUACUUCUGCCUGCCCAGCCUGUUCGCGGCGGGCGGGGCGCUGCUGACGGCGGGCCGGCUGCGCCGCGCUGAGAGGGCGGGGCUGCGCGGCUCCAAGCAGAGGCUGCGGCUGGAGCGGCACAUGAACCGCGCCCUGGUGGCGCUCGCCAUCCUGCACGCCGUCUGCGUGGCGCCCGAGAGCGCCCGCCACGCCGUCUCCGCCUACAUGGCAGCCCGGGUCCCGCCGCGGGCCGCCCACCUGCUCUGGCUGGCCAGCCAGCUGCUGCUGAUCUCGCGGGCGGCGGCCACGCCCGUGCUGCUCUUCUGCCUGUGCCGGCCCUUCGGCCACGCCCUCCAGCACUGCUGCUGCUGCUGCUGCCGCCGGCGCGAGAGCGCCCCCCAGAGGCCCGGCCAGAACGACGUCCGCCUGCAAACCCCCGAGCUGGAGCUGGCGCCCGUGAGCUCCGCCCAGCCCCAAACACCCGCCAACACCGCCGCCGCUGCCAUGGGAACGAACUGCUCCGCCCCCCAGACACCCGCCAACGCCGCCGCCGCUGCCACAGGAACAAACUGCUGAGCGCGCUCAGUGAUGCUGCACAGGAGAGCUGGGCGCAUGAAACAGUCUGUAAUUCUGUGCCUGUGAAAAUGCAGAGUCUGUGCUUUUAAAAGGUCAGAGUUCAUUUCACUCAGUCCCUGCGAGCCCAAGAGGGAGGAAGUCUCCACUGGAACGGAUUCAACACUGAACAUUUACCAUGUGGCCGCAUCUGUCUGUUUUUAUUUAUUUUUAUUUUGUUCCGCACUCACAGAACUACAUCGCAUUUACAAGACUGGCUUACAAACGCGCUCCAUCCUCUCAGACAGGAUGUACACAUACAGAAACAAACACCCACACAGCCAGAAACCACGCACAACCACACACACACACACACACACACACACACACACACAGCCAGAAACCACACGCAACCACACACGUGGCACACACACACACACAGCCAGAAACCACACGCAACCACACACGUGGCACACACACACACUCACACACACACACACACACACACACACAGCCAAGAGAACAUGGUUAUAUAACAGCUGACAACACAAGAAUUUGGUACUGACUCAUUCACAAUCUUCCUAAUCCUAUAAAGCAAACCAAAAAUUUGUAACAUUUUUGUUACAAAAGAAAUUGUAACAUGUCAUAACCUUAACAAUUUCGAAACCCAUUAUUUCCUGAUCAUCAUGCGCUGAUACAGAUCGAGUACUUCCUUCCGGACCAGUAUAGUUCUUAAAUUCAAGCAGAGUGUGUUUUGAGUCUUUAACUCUUCUUGGUUUCUUUUGUCAACAUAAUUUAAAAAAACAUUUAUUUUUUCAGUGAAUUCAAACAUUUUGUAUAGACCAGUUUUUCUGAGCUGUUCCACCCUUUUAGCACCAGCAUUAAAAUUGCCGCCAUCCCAGGACAUAAUAUCUUGAAAUCAAGUUGACUCCACACAGGUACUUGUGACAAAUGGCUUAACACACAGUCCUGCAUUUCUAGAGACUGAAAGUCCUGGCCUUUCCUCAGUCGCAGAACCUGUUGUCAUAAUGGGUACACCAAAGAACAUUUCCAGUGGUGUAAUUUUCGAUUCAGUGAAGUGUGGGUGUGUCCCCGCCCCCUCUGCUCUUAAAGGAGCAGCAGCCUGUUUUCCCCACUGCACUGCUGAGUUACCGCUUUCUCUAAAGCAGGGGUGUUUAAGCUCAUCCAGAAAGGGAGCGCGUGGGUGCAGGUUCGUGUUUUAGCCCAGCGCUGCGACACCUCAUGCAGCUGAUUAACUAACUGCAAUCAAGACCUUGGUAAGCAGAACCCAGUGUCUUGGCAUAGCAACUGUCAUGCACCAUGUAUUUCCUUUAAUCUGACAGAUAUGGCAGUAAAACUACAAAAUUCCUGUGAAUGUAUCUCAUGAUUUGUAUUGUGGGUUAGGGUCCAGUCUGGGACAUUUAGAGGUCCUCCUUAACCACUGAGUGGAUUCUGGGUCCUCCUUAACCACUGAGUGGAUUCUGGGUCCUCCUCUGAGUGGAUUCUGGGUCCUCCUCUGAGUGGAUUCUGGGUCCUCCUCUGAGUGGAUUCUGGGUCCAAACUGGGGCGUGGCGCUACCUGGCAGGUAUAGUACACACCUGGGACUGCAAGUCGACGUUAAAUUGCAUCGAAUGUAUAAAAGGCAAAGCAUAUUUAAAAAUAAAACUUCCUCUUCCCUCUAGAGGCUGUCUGAAGAAUAGACUGAA